AUGGUGGCAGCGUGGUUCAUGGACGAGUCCCCGGAGGACCAGCGGAAACCGCACCGCCGGGAGCCCAACCAGCCCGCCAGCCUCGAGCUGCUCAGGCAGCUGGGCGUUUGCUAUUGGAAACUGGAUGCUGAUAACUAUGAGACCGAUCCAGUCCUAGCAAAAAUUCGGAAGGAGAAAAACUACUCUUGGAUGGACAUAAUCACUAUACACAAAGAUAAACUGCCAAAUUAUGAAGAGAAGAUAAAAAUAUUUUUUGAAGAGCACUUACACCUGGAUGAUGAGAUUCGCUACAUCCUGGAAGGAAGUGGGUAUUUUGACGUUCGUGAUAAAGACGACAAAUGGAUUCGGAUUGCCAUGGAGAAAGGAGACAUGAUCACGCUCCCUGCUGGCAUCUAUCACCGAUUUACACUGGAUGAGUCUAAUUAUGUGAAGGCAAUGAGGUUGUUUGUUGGAGAACCAGUGUGGACAGCUUACAACAGGCCAGCUGAUCAUUUUCCUGCUCGUGAGCAGUACCAGCAGUUUUUGGCACAAGCAGUUCAAUAAACCUCUAAGAAGGCUAAAUACUCAAGUGUGCCCCAUAACUUCUGUAAAGCAGCAAUAACCAAAU